AUGGCUCGCAAUCGGCAUACGGAUGAUAUUUUAAAUGUUAAUGUGGGUGGUAAACGAUACACAGUUCGACGAGCGGAUUUACUGGCAGAUCCAAAAAGUAAAUUAGCAGAUUGGUUCAAACCAGGAACUGUGAAACUGAUUUCCACUGAUAAAGGAGGUAAUUAUUAUUUGGAUCGUGAUCCGAAAUGUUUUCGACAUAUUCUUGCAUAUCUACGUUUAAAAAAGGAAAAAUUUGUUCCAUCACUGGCAUUACCAGCAAAACCAGAUGAUCUGGCGAAAUUGGUCGGUGAAUGUGAAGCUUUAAAUCUAAAUGAGCUUAAAAAUUUGGCUCUAGACGUGCUGCAAAAAUAUCAACGUACAGAAGAGCAGCAUUAUGUAACUAGUUACGUGCAAAUUGCUCUUCGUGACUACGAAACGUGGCAGUUUGAUCAUGAUCAAACUUCAUUAAUGAAGAAAAAUAGAGGCGGAAGUACGGAAGAGACACCCACAAUGGCAUCAGCCUAUGAUGAAUGGGAUAACAUGUGA